AUGUCCUCCCCCUUCUCCAUAAACGGCGGCGCCGCCGUCGCCAUGGUAGGCAAGGACUGCGUAGCCAUAGCCUGCGACCUGCGGCUGGGCCUGCAAUCCCUAACAGUAUCCAACAACUUCCCCAAGAUCUUCCAGUACGGCGACGUGUUCCUGGGGCUCACGGGCCUCGCGACCGACGUGUCGACCGUGUCGGACCUGUUCCGCUACAAGGUCAACAUGUACCGGCUGCGCGAGGAGCGCAACAUCGCGCCCACCACCUUCGCCAACCUCGUGUCGUCCUCGCUCUACGAGAAGCGCUUCGGCCCCUACUUCGUCAGCCCCGUCGUCGCCGGGCUCGAGCCCAAGUCCGGCAAGCCUUUUAUUUGCGGCUUCGACUCCAUCGGCUGCAUCGACUUCGCCAAGGACUUCAUCGUCAGCGGCACCGCGAGCGAGCAGCUGUUCGGCAUGUGCGAGAGCUUGUGGGAGCCCGAUCUGGGCCCCGAGGACCUCUUCGAGACCAUCUCGCAGGCUCUGCUGAGUGCCGUCGACCGAGAUGCCCUGUCUGGAUGGGGUGCGCAUGUCUACAUCGUCGAGAAGGACAAGGUGACCAAGAGAUUACUCAAGGGACGACAGGACUAA